GGCAGUUUCCGGAGAAAUUCGGGGACUCCGCGUCUGGUUCGCUCUGUUCGAUUGCCUGGUGCGGUGGUGCAGGGUCUCGGGAUAGUCAUGGCGUCCCCGUCUCGGAGACUGCAGACUAAACCAGUCAUUACUUGUUUCAAGAGCGUUCUCUUGAUCUACACUUUCAUCUUCUGGAUCACAGGUGUUAUCCUUCUUGCUGUUGGCAUUUGGGGCAAGGUGAGCCUGGAAAACUAUUUUUCACUUUUAAAUGAGAAGGCUACCAAUGUCCCCUUCGUGCUCAUCGGUACAGGCACUGUCAUUAUUCUUUUGGGCACCUUUGGCUGUUUUGCUACCUGCCGAGCUUCUGCAUGGAUGCUGAAACUGUAUGCAAUGUUUCUGACUCUCAUUUUUUUGGUCGAACUGGUUGCUGCCAUCGUAGGAUUUGUUUUCAGACAUGAGAUUAAGAACAGCUUUCAGAAUAAUUAUGAGAAGGCUUUAAAGCAGUACAACUCUACGGGAGAUUAUAGAAGUGAAGCAGUGGACAAGAUCCAAAGUACGUUGCAUUGUUGCGGUGUCACCGAUUAUAGUGAUUGGAAAGAUACUAAAUAUUACAUAGAAACAGGAUUUCCCAAGAGUUGCUGUAAGGUUGAAGAUUGUUCUCCACAAAAAGAUGCAGAUAAAGUAAACAAAGAAGGUUGUUUUAUAAAGGUGAUGACCAUUAUAGAGUCAGAAAUGGGAGUUGUUGCCGGAAUUUCCUUUGGAGUUGCUUGCUUCCAGCUAGUUGGAAUCUUUCUAGCCUACUGCCUCUCUCGUGCCAUAACAAAUAACCAGUAUGAGAUAGUGUGACCAGAAAAAACAAGGGCUUAUUUCUCUUCAACUUUAAGGAUACUUAAGUCCCCCCUGUGAAUUAUAAAAUCGCCUGGUUGGAAGACUGACGUCGCUAGUUACCAGUAGGCUGAAAAACUACACCAGUAGGCUGAAAAACUACACCAGUAGGCUGAAAAAACUACACCAGUAGAUUGAAAAACUACAUCAGUAGACUGAAAAAGUAUACCAGUAGACUGGUUCAAUCAAGAUAUUUGUUCAGUAUGUUCUAAGUCCACUUUCUGUCCCAUGAUGUCUCAUUCAUGUUAGACCUUUGGAACCCUGUAUCUCUCUGAAACACUGGAAGAGCUAGUAAAUUGUAAAAUGAAGUAAAACUAUGUUUCUCUUGACUUGUUUUUCUCAAAGUGUAGCCUUUGAAAGGCACUGCAAAUUUGCUCUUUUAUACAGUGUAAUUGAGGGAAACUUGACCCCUCUGAAUUUGCUAGUUGAUGUAGUGUGAUAGAAAAUUGACCUUUCUGAAUGGUCCCUUCCCAGCUAAGGUUAUCUGGUUUGAUUGUAUAAUUUACAUCAAGAAAGUUAAAUGUUCCAUGUCUCUGUUUACUGACAGUCAGAGGGUCACACUAUAUACUUUAAUUCCAGCUAGUCAUCGGAUAGAACCUAUCAUUGGAGUUCCUGGGUGGUGGUAAUAGUCUCAGGCCUUGGUCUAAAGCAGUGAAACUAAAAGGUACUACCCAUGUUCUGUGAUACAUCAGAGUUCAGCAUGCAAUCUACAUGUUUUGCUUCCAAAUUAAGGUGUUUAUACUGGUGUUUAUACUUUCCCUAUUGUUUGAAAGAUUCCAAUUACUACUUUAGUGGUGCUAGAAUUAUUGUAUUUUCCUUAGAAACUCAAUGGAACUUUUCAUUUAACUUUACCUAAAAUUUCUUUACCUGAUUGAUGUGACUUAAUUGUCAAUAUUAUGGUCAACUUUAAUAGUUUUAGUUUUGUGCACUUAAUAAAAGUCUUUCACUCAA